ACAAGAAACCAUGAUGGCCAAUGAUAACUUCCGGUUUAAAUUUUGUAUGAAGAAACACCUGACAUUUUUUGAAGAAUUCCAUGUCCAUACCGGUUACAUAUUGAAAAUUUUGUAGAUAAACAAUGUCUUCAGAUGAGGGCAUGUGGGAUCCCUCUGGAGAGGAAGAGGAGGACAGCCGCUGGGGAUGUGCUGCUCCAAAGCUUGGUGGCAAGAAAUUGGAACAAUGUUUAGUUGGAAAGCAAGAAAUCAUGUUACCUGAAGCUUUAACUGAACAGAAGCGCAUAUUUGAUGAGGUAAUGAGUGUUGAUACAUGGAAGCAUGCACUGAAUCCAGCACAAAGAGAAUAUCUAAUGAAAUUUCUCCCAUCCUUUCCUGAAAAAGACAAAGAAGAAAAAGAAUUAACAGUAAAAAAACUAUUCAGUGGAGAGAACAUGAAGUUUGGAAAUCCUGUACAACAAUUCCACACAAAAUUAAAAGGUGGCUUCUUUUCUCCAGACAUAGCGAGAUACAGUGGAAUGAUAAAAAAUGUGAAAUAUCGUGAAUAUGAGUUCAGACAACAGAAAUAUUAUGGUGAUUUGUUGAGAGAUAUAUUGUUAUCAAGACAGAAAGUCUUGAGUCAGAUGAAAAACCUGCCACAAGAUGAACGAUUAAAGUUUGAUCACAAACCACCACAGCCUGAUCCUAAGGAGAAAACUAUAGAACACAGAUCUAGAAAGAAAUUCUACAGAUUGCUAAAAGAAGUGAGACAGGAAUGUGGUGUAGAAGAUACGUCAUCAGAGGAAGAAGAAUAUACAAAUCCUGCACAGAAAAGUAAGAAGCAGUUGUUUAAAUCCUUGUGUCCAAUUCCCUCUCCAGAACCAACCAUACCAAGUGUGGUAGCCACAUAUGAUGUCAAACCCUCACUGAAUGGUGAUCUGACAAGUGAUGAAGAACACAAAGGUCCGUCCAAUGCAAAGUACCAAAGGCCUAUCAGUCCUAUAGAUGUUACUGAAGAAGACUACUCACAACUUCUUAAAAAUCACAGAAGAAAGCACAAGGAAUGUGAUAUAAUGGAAUGUCCUGAAUUGGACAUACAGAACAUUACUCUAGAGGAAAUCAUGUCCAGAUGUCAGGCUCACAAGAAAAGUCCUAAAAUACAACCAGCUUCUACAAAUUCCAGUAUGUCGUUAAGUAAACGGAAGAAAUUAAGAAUGAAGGAAAGAGCAGAGAAGAAAUUGAAAAAAGAAAAAGAUAUAAGAUCAGAACAAUCCACUCCAAGUAGAUCAAAUUACACUGACGAGGAGGGAAGUGGAAUAGGAGAUACCUUCUUCAAAACAGAAAUUGAUAACAUGUCAGAAUAUUCUCUUCCAGAAUCCUAUAGAUCUAACACAAUAAUUGCAAAACAGAAUAACUUCUUCAGUUUGGUCAGAGAUUUGUUGAUAGACUUCUCAGAUGGUAAAGGAAGCACUGCCAAGAUAGAAGAAAAAGUACGAGAAUUACAAGAAUCACCCAGUUGGAGUUCAAUGACCUGGACAAAAUUGGAGACAAACUGGGUCGAUACUGUCACUUCAGCACUCAAGUUCUUAGCUGGAGAACUUAUAGGUGCAGUUCCUGAUAAUUUUGUGCCAUUUUUGGAUUAUAAAGAAAGAGCCCAACAAUGGACAUGGAUAGGUGCAGGUAGAGAUUCUGACGAUAAAUUGGCCCAAUUUUUUAAACAUUGGAUGACCAAUAAAAAACUAACCGGGACAGAGGAAGAUGGAAGAGAUGGAUCUCCCCCACCUCCUAGAUCAAAGACAACAUUUGUGGUGCGGGCCACUACUGAAGAAGAAAAAGGAUUUUUUAGGGAACAAGAGCGACGGAGAUUUGAAAAUCCCCAUAAGUCUUUCACAUAUAAAUUGCAUGGAUAUGAAUCCGUUGUUGGUCCAGUUAAAGGUGUUUAUACUAAAGAAAGUGCUUUAAACAAAGCCAGGGAGCAUGCAUUAUUGGUGUCCUCUAGGCCUGCAUUUGUUACUAUUUUAACUCUAGUAAGAGAUGCCUCUGCUAGACUUCCCAAUGGAGAAGGUACACGAGGAGAUAUUUGUGAAUUAUUAAAAGAUUCUCAGUACUUAGCUCCAGGUGUAACUGAUGCACAGUUAAAUGUGGUAGUUAGUGGUGCUCUUGACAGACUGCAUUCAGAAAAAGACCCUUGUGUUAAAUAUGAUGUCAAUAGAAAAUUGUGGAUCUAUCUCCAUAGAAACAGAACAGAAAAUGAAUUUGAACGAAUCCAUCAGGCACAUGGUGCUGCACAAAAGGCAAAGAAAUCUCUAGCACAAACCAGUAAACCCAAAUCUAGCAAAGCUAAAUUAAAAGACACUGCAUCACAACAGAAUGCAUCGACUGCAACAAGUCUAAAAACUAGUGUAAAUAAUAACCCAGAGUCCCUAAGUUCUCCACAACCCAUGUCUUCAGCUGUUCAAAGUCCAAAAAUCAGUAACCCAUUACUUAACCAGAGUCCCAGGACAUCAAAUGUUGGAGCCAGAACAGUGGCAGCUGCCCUAAAGAAUGCCACUGCUGCCAAUGCCACCCAGAGUUCAGUGAAUGUAACCUUACCAAUAACAACCGUGGCUUCUACUAGAGCUAAUCAAGUGACAAGUGCUAAUAUAAUGUCCUCUCCAACUGGAGCUACGAUACGGUUCCAGCUUCAACAGUAUCAGUUACAACAACUUCAACAACAGAAACAACUUCAACAGAAGCUACAACAAGUGGCUGCAGCUCAACAAGCAAGUAACGCUGCCAAAUUAGCAAAAUCUGGUAAUGAUAUGACAAGUCCCCAGCCAACAAGUGUUUCACAACUCAAAGGAGAGAAUCUUCUCAAACAAUUGCCACUCAGCAUACUCCAAAGUUUGCAGGCUUCUGUUGCUGAUGCCUCAUCUCCAGUAUCUCAAGCCAUAACACAAAGUUUAGCAUCAGCUAUAAGGCCACAGUUAAUACAGCGACAAGCCUCCUCUGGUUCUCCUGUUCCUCAACAAUCUCCUGCUGGUACCCCUACUCCGGGAUCACCUGUCCCAACACGAUUACACACUCCACAGUCUGGUGUAGUGACAGCAACUUCAUUAUCAUCAUUGAUCCAGUCAUCGGGAGCAGGUGCCCCUCUAGUGGCCAGACUAGUACAACAAAUAGGAGGGAACCAGAUGGUCAAUGUCAGUAAUCUCUUAGCUGCUCAAAGAGCCCAGAACCCUAAUCAAGGAUCUUUAACCAAUGCUACACUAAAAAUACAAGGUGGUAACGUAAUGGCUGGAAAACCAAUCCAUUUGACAGGUAAACCAAGAGGUCAAAUUGUACAUAUCGCAGGGAAAGGUCAGCAACAAAUGGGGCUCAUACAGGGAGCUCUUCCCACUAUAAGCAUAAUACCUCAGGCUGGAGGAACAGGGGUCAUGACCCUGGCACAGAAUAAAACCCCUGUAUCAGGGCAGUCCGAAGCCAACAGAACAGGUAGUCCACUGGCAACUGUUAUAACAACAGUUGUUUCCUCUUCUGUCAGUCAACCAAAGGUUGUGACUCCUUCUCAGACUGGAAUUAUGGUAACUCAAUUAACUCCUGGUAACCUGGCUCUCAGACAGGGAACUAUACCCCAGACUAAGGUAGUUACUGCUGGACAGUCUGGUUUACUGCCAACACAAUUUCUGGUACCCUCAGGAACAGCUGCAUCUCAAUCUCAAAUAAGUCAGCAUGGUGGAGCAGCACCAAUUUUUAUGACAGCUGCAGGAGCUAAACCAGGACAAAAUAUUCAAGUUGUUCGUACAAUGCUGGGACAACAAGCUGGAUUAAAACCAGGACAAGCUACAUUACUUAUAUCUCAGCCUAAUCUUCAACAAUCUGGAGCAAAUAUAGUUUCCACUGGACAAAUUGUUCAUAACACUGCCUCUGUUCAGGGGAAAGCUGGUGCUAAAAAUAAAACUACACCUGUUUAUGCAAGAAUUAUAACACCACCUGCCGGUAUGCGGUUAGCAACUGUAGGUGCUGCAGCUGGACAAUCAAAUCAAAAUGUUGGCAUGAUUCAGACUGUCAAUAAAUUUAUCUCAACAGGAAAUGUCUCCAUAGCAACCACACAUCCAGGUGAUGGUGAUCAUGUGAUAGCGUCAACAACCAGUGAUAACAAAGAAGGAAACUCAUGAUAUUUUGUGAUACUGAUUAAAAUAUUUGUUAUGUUUUUUGGAAAAAAAAGAAAUAGAUAUAUA